CUGGCAAGGGGGUAUUACCAACAGCCCUGCAGCUACCAUGGCACCCAGUUACCGACUUAUUCUUGUCCUGCUUUUGGGUCUCACAGUGACAUCAGCAGAGGAUACUCUUUGCCAUUUAAACAAUGAAAUGACUCGCUGUGUGUGCAAGGCUCAGCCCAUCGAUGACCCAGACAGAGUGUUUUGUAUCAUGGCUUUGGAGCUGGAGCUGAGAGAUGGCAAAGUGGAUCUUGGAUCUUUGAUGGGUUUGCAAAUAGAUAUGAACUAUGUUAAGCUUUUACCAAUGGAAAAGUUGAUUUUUAAUAACAUCACAGUCUCUACUGUAGCCAUCACAACAAUUAUCCCUUUUCUGUCCCUGUCAAAAGUGAAGGAAGUUAACAUUCUGUCAUCUACUGUUGAACAUGUCAUUCCAUCAUGGCCGUCAGUGUCACUCAAAAAAUCUAAAAUCAAAACCCUUGUGCUGGAGAAUGUAACAGUGGACUCCGUGCUCUUAAGCCACCCCUUUCAUGAGCUCCACCAGUGGCUCUUCAGCUCACUAACAUCCCUCCGUCUUGUUCAUUCUGGGCUGGUUGAGUUUGACUGCUACUGGGCUGAAAAAGCAAAAAACCUUAUUCAUCUUGAUCUGUCGGAAAACCCCAUCUCUCUCGCAAGCCUGCAGAAUGUCUCACAUUGUUCCUCCCUUUCAUACAAGUACCUGAAAUCUCUUCAUCUGAGACAUAGUGGCCUUACCUCCCUGCAGGCUCUCUGCACACUCCUGAGUCUCACCACUGCCCUCACUGACCUUGAUGUCAGCGGGAACAAUUUCUCCGUCUUCCAUUUUCCCUACUGCCUGCAGAUGAAGCCACUCAGGAUGCUCAAUCUUUCCCACUCUGGGAUCACAGAGGUUAACUCGGCCCUCUCUGCGACUCUGGAAGAACUGGAUCUCAGUUAUAACUCUCUGGAGGUGUUCAGUAAUCCGCUGCAAAGCCUGAAAAAGCUGAAUUUGUCUAAUAACCGCCUCAAAACUCUCCACUUUCUGACUACUCUGAUUCAUCUCAAAGAGCUGAACGUGGACAGUAACCAGCUCACAGUGUUGAUCAAUGAGACGGAGGUCAGUUUGAACACAGUGCAGCAGCUGGAUGUCCUCUAUGCAAGAAGGAACCCGUAUCACUGUGACUUUGGCCUGAGAGAGACCAUCGACUUCCUGAAGAAGGCACACAGUGUGGCUGGGGACCUUGACUCUUAUUUGUGUGAGACACCAACGGCUCAGAAAGGGACUCCGAUCAUGAAAUAUAUGUUGGAAACAACCGAGGAGCCAGUUAGUAGAGCACAGCACAAUGACGCUGCUCUCUGUUUCAUGCUCUUUGUAGGUUUGCUGCCACAGCUGAUUUAUAUGUUCUGAUGUUUGCAGGAAAACUGCUCUAUUACAUGUGAAAUGGUUUCCUCACAAAUCAACGUGGAAAAUUUUGGGGUUGCCAUGUUGUUAAAAUCCUCCGCAGCUGAUUGGACUGUGUAGAAAAACUUCCAAACAGCUGCAAAACAAAUGUUAAAAGCAACUUAUUUGUUAUUUCUUGAUUAAACUGCAAUAUUCAAAGCUUACAAAAUGGUACACACCUUUUGUGGGGAGUUUUACAAACUGGCAACCAAAUAUUUGCUGUCUUUUACAAAUCAUCUAAACAUUACUUCAAGACUGUAUAUCAAGAUGGAUGGAGCAACAGCUGCCUGGAAGAGGAGCCAAAAUAAUAGGGCCCUGCAGUAUAAGUCAAACUGUGCCUCCUCCAUGUUAACAGAUGGGGCAUGGAUUGAACUAUAAAGUGAAUUAUGUCAAAUGUUUAUUACGUUGUGUUGAUUUAUACCGCAGUUUUCAUUUAUCAAAAAUGUAGUUAUUUGAUGCAAAAAGGUAAAAUGUAACUGCAUGAUCAACAGUUCUGUCAACAGUAUGGCUUCUUGUAGUCACUGAACUCACCAUAGGUGUUAGUUCGUACGUUUAAAUGCACAAUUAGGCUGAGGUACACUUACGGCUCAGUUUGGCUAUUUAACUUGGCAACUGCCCAAAUAUACAAGCACCAGGGCAGGAUUGAUUUGUGUGAAGUUGUUAACAAGUUAGCAUGUGCCCAACAGAGAUGGCAUACUAUACUAAUCCGUACAUUUCGUGCAUACUCUUGGCUCUACUUUUGGCAGAGGUGCGAUGCAUGUUAUCCAUCUAGCUUACUGUUUCAUGACAGUGUGUCUUCUGCUGUGCUGCUCAUUUAUGCUGAGUCAAAGCCCAGCACAGAAACUGUGGAGCAUGCAGGGAUCACCUCAGUUCCAUUAAGGUACAUGCAGUUAAAAGCCAACACAAGCUACUUGUGUCCCACUGAAAAGAUAAGCACUCAGUAAAGAGAUCUCUAAACCUAGUUAAGCCUUUAAUAUUGGCUCCCACAAGUCAAGCAUGCACACCAAUGGGCAACAAAAGGCCAGCACUUAAGCAGGCUUGAAAAGUGGCCAGUGUUUUGUUCAGUCCCCUCUAGAGGGCUGAUCAGUGAUCUCCAGCAUCCCAGAGUACGUCAACCCCCAACUGCAAUAGCGUGUUAGUCCAACUCCGUCUCAACUAGUAUGGUUUCAGCUGGACUAAAAUGCAAAUAAAUGCAAAUAAAAACUUGAAUUUUCCUCAGUGUGUUAAUGUACAUACAUGCGUGUCUAUGCUCUGAUCCUGUCUGAGGGAUCAUUGACAUUUUAUUAAUAACAUUAAAGAGGAACUGAACCCGCAGACCACAGCAUUUUUAGUUCUCCCACUUAUUUUCGAUAAUUCUUAAAGCCCAGCCUAUUGUUUGAACAGGAAGUACUUUUUUCCCUUUUUUUUCUCCUUACCACACUGUCCCCAAAUCUGAUGGUGGUCCUGUAUUUAAAUUUUGUCACCAUGAGUUUAGCAGCGAUAUUUAGCCAGUUAUCUUCUCUGGAGCAGCCACAGUAAAGUAGUGCUGUUGAUAGAGAUUGCAAAUAAGCCAUGUUUUUCAUAAAACGAGGUCAGUCACGUAGAAAAUUGUUUCUACAUGACCGUAAAUUUACCUUGAAUGGUUAUGACAUUAAAGCUAAUAAUCAAAUUUAGAAAGCAGCAUGGACUAAAUUAUGUUGUGACCUGUUGCUGAUAAGGGACAGUAGGGCAAUGAGAAAGGGGGUGUCUGAAAUCCCCCUCCCCUUUUCCUAUGCCGUUCCAUGAGGUUUUAAAGUCAUUCUUUUAAAUUCCAGGGAAGAUGCAACUCAGCCAAAACUGUAUGGGUGUUUAAGGAUUUUUACAGUAAACAGAAGGGACGUGGUGUCACUUCUGUGGUACAGUCAACCAAGCAUCCUCUUUUCUGUGUGUCUUGAGGCUGAAUGACAUCACCAGAGUAGUAUGUAUAUGAAUUUUGGCUUCACUUUUGUACAGUGGAAGUAGAUGGAGAUAUGUUGUCAUUUUGAUAUACAGUCAGUUGUAACACCAGUAUCUACCUUAAAAUGCCAUUAAUUACACUUGACUAUUUGCCACUAAAAACUUGCUCAUGCAGGAUGCUUUAAUAAAAGAUAAAUAAAAUGUAACAUGACUGAGAAUGAUUUUGUCUCUACACAUUGCAAUUACCCUGUAUAUUUUUGUGUUUUCAACAAUAAAUUUCUGAAAU